CGCUAUUCGUUGCCUUAUCGACAUUUGAUGGUUUGAAUUACAGCCUUGCCCUACGCGACGCCUUAUCUGAUCCUUGGGUUUUGAUGCUGCAAAUGCGAGGUUCCUUUGCCCGCUUCUAGCAUUAACAUCCCCUGUUUCCAAUUUUGGCAAUCAAUUUGUCUAAUGCAAUAACCGCCUGUAUUGGUGUUUCCAUUCACAACCUUGUCAUACGCGCUACACAAGGCUAUUCAUUGCCUCUCUACACCUCGGCAUGGCUGCUACAGGCGCCGACACGUCUAUGUCACGAUACGACUCAUCAGCCGGCGAACUCUCAUCGCCUCCUUCCGGAUCACUAUCAGAACCUGGUUCACCAUCACGAAAUGGAUCAAGUAGCCGAGCACCACAAGACUAUGACGAGAUCGUCGUCGUUUCCAGCGAUGGCCAAUAUCAACACAUCGGCCACCAGAAUCACAGCGAACGCCCUCCACCGCCUAUGCCACCCCAAUCAGGCACAGGCCCCCCUAGACGAUACGCACUUGUCGACAACCAAUGGGUUCAAUUAACAGCCGCAGGCGUCCCGCGCAAGAAGCCCGGACGCAAACCUGGAACCAUUGUGAAACCUCGAAAUUCGGACGGUGCCGAUGCAGCAAAGGCUGCUAGAAAGCCCAGGAAACCUCGCGAUCCUAAUGCGCCAGCAAUGCCACGCAAGAGAAAGAUUGCCCCUGCAGAUGGUGAGAGUGAAAUUCCAGCAGAUUCAAAGUCUCUUGCCGCAGCUGCAUCAUCCGCCGGCCAGGGACAUAUGUCGGAUGUCUCUCAUAUAUCAGCAUUGUCACCUGCUCAUCAUAACCGUCAAACAUCGUCUUCAUCACAUCAAGCCGAGCAACGUUAUUCACCAAAGAUGUUGAAGCGUGAACACUUUAUGCAGAACAUACUAAAUUCGGAUACGCCUGUAGAACGACCACAGUCUCAACCCCAAUCUCAACCUCAGUCUCAGCCUCAGCAUAAUAGCUCUACAUCUAUACCUGUUCGCACCAGCGGUCAAAGCUACGACCCCAUCCGUGGUAACUACGAUCCGGUUCGUGAGACAAUGGUUUCUCAUAGCCCUUACCCCUCUACUUCUGGUUCGCCAAGGGCUGCUUCUCAGAUGCCUAAUCGAUCGCCAACCAUUGCGAGCCUUCUUGGUGGUAAUGAAUCACGUAGCUCAUAUCAGCCACCCUCGAACCAGCCUCGCUUCCAGGCACAUGAACCAUCUCAACCAUCAUCACCAUCCAAAGAGCCUCGCGACAUAUUGACACCAACUCCUUCUUCGCGACCACCAGUACAGGAAGCAAAGAAGGAUCCACCUCCUCCACCGCCACCCGUUCAAAAGCCAGUCAUCAAAGAGUCUAACUUCACUACCAUUUCCAAUGGUCCUAUCAAAAAGUCAUCACCAAAGCAGAAGCCUCACACUGGAGUUUCCACGCCAAAGACUGACACCCUUGAUGAUAUGGGAGAAAGUGAAGGCCGCUCGAUCCUCGACUUUGGUCGAGCUAAGCCAGGCGAAGAAGCCCAGGCCCCGACCAUUGUUCUCAGUGUACCCAUCCAGGCCGGCGAGACAAACAGAUAUGUCAAUUUCAUGCGCAUGGCUGAAGAACGGUAUGGAUGGGAUGCUCUUCACCCUCGCUUGGCUGCCAACCGAGACCGCAAGGCUCGCAUUGCUGCGGCGGCUGCCUCUCUAGAAAAGGCGGAAUCGGGCCGUGAAUCUGGCGAUGAAAUGUCCGUUGAUCUCUCCGAUGCCGAGGCUAGCAACCCCGACAACGGCGCGACCAGCGGCCCUGAUGCCCAGGCCAAGCCUAAGAAGAAGCGUAAUUUCAAGGAGGAUCAGUACGAUGUUGAUGAUGAUUUUGUCGACGAUUCAGAGCUCCUAUGGGAAGCUCAGGCGGCGGCAAGCCGUGACGGAUUCUUUGUCUACUCUGGCCCUCUUGUACCUGAGGUCGAGAAGCCAGCUGCUGGCCAUGAUGGUCCCCCUAAGCGUGGACGGGGUGGAAGAGGUAGCAGAGGUGGUGGAAGAGGUGCGUCGACCAGAGGUGGGACAGGCAGCGGCCGCGGCGGAGGACCCGGAUCUCGAGGUGGCUCUGUCACCCGAAAACCCCGUAUCACUAAGCAGGAGAAAGCACAACGGGAACGUGAGAAGGCUGAGCGCGAAACAAUGGCCCAAAUGGCCAAGACACCUACCCAUGGUGGCUACUCACUAAACCCAACCACACCAUCCUUUGCUGUCAGUGAGUUAGGGGCUUAGGAUCCUUCCUCAUUUGCACAUGGUCCUCAUGACACGCCAUCUACUUUUCGACACUGUCAUUGGGCUUAACACUCUUGAAAAGAGAAACAACAUUCAAACAAAAGGUGUGCUCUAGCUCAGCACACUUAACCUUCUGUCAUCGUGCUAUGCUCGCAUCUGGCAGUAUACACCGCCCACAACUAUUUACACAGGAAAUCCCCGAGUCCUCACUUUUUUUUUUCUUUUGUUUCACACUCUUCGAGGCUGUUUUGCAGAUCAUGGAUGGCCCGGCAUGGCCCCCUUAGGCGGUUUGUGGGAGUAUUGGCGUGUAAGAGAUUUGUUUGUGGGACUACAGGCGUUUACCUGGUUUACAUG